CAUUCAUUUGCAAAGUAUCUACCAAGAUCAAACCUCAAGAUGAACGACACAGAAUCCGAUGGACCCUUGGUCCGCAACUUUGCACAUCUGUCUCGCGGCGAUGUGGGGUUAGUUGGCGGGAAGAAUGCUUCACUGGGCGAAAUGAUCCAAGCCCUAGGAACAGAAGGCAUAGCAGUUCCGCCUGGAUUCGCAACGACCUCGAAGGCAUAUUGGCACUUUGUAGAAUCCAAUUGCAUCCGCGGCAAGAUGGAAGCCCUGAUCAACGAAUGGCAGAUGGGAAAUCAGAGCUUGGCCGAGACGGGCCACGCAGUGCGCUCCCUGUUCCUCCGCCACGGCUCCUGGCCGGCUGACGCGGCCUCUGCCAUCAGGGCUAGCUAUCGUGAGCUUUCAGCAAGAUUUGGAAUUGAGAACCUCAGCGUUGCCGUACGAUCCAGCGCAACGGCCGAGGACCUACUUGACGCCAGCUUUGCCGGCCAGCAAGAGACAUAUCUCAAUGUCUCGGGUGAGCGGGCCCUUCUGAAUGCCUGCAGACGCUGCUAUGCCUCCCUCUUCACCGACCGGGCCAUCAGCUAUCGCCAGGCCAAGGGCUUUGAUCACAUGAGCAUCGCGCUCUCAGUCGGCAUUCAGGUCAUGGUCCGGUCUGACCUGGGCGGCUCGGGUGUCAUGUUCUCUAUUGACACGGAGAGCGGCUUUGAUCAAAUCGUGCUAAUCAACGCCUCGUGGGGCCUUGGCGAGAAUGUUGUCCAGGGCAUAGCCAACCCCGACGAGUAUCAGGUAUUUAAGCCGCCGCUCUCGGAUACCAGCCUAACGCCCAUCGUGGGUAAGAGAUUGGGCGAUAAGGCGAUCAAGAUGGUCUAUGGCGACGGCAACGUUGGUACACGCAACGUUCCCACCUCCAAGGCAGAGCAAGCCGCAUACGUCUUGAGCGACAAGGAAAUCCUUCAGCUGGCACGCUGGGCCUGCACCAUCGAAAAGCACUACGGCUGUCCUAUGGACAUAGAAUGGGCCAAAGAUGGCGUCGGUGGCAAGUUGUUUAUAGUACAAGCCAGACCAGAGACGGUGCACUCGCGCCAGGACGUCGCUAUCUUCAAGACCUACACUGUCGAAAAGAAGGGACGCGUGUUGACCACUGGCCUUUCGGUCGGCGACAAGGCCAUCUCAGGGCGGGUCUGUCUCGUGUCUUCGGUCAAAGAUAUCCACCAGUUCGUUAACGGCUCGAUCCUGGUGACGGAGGCAACAGACCCUGACUGGGUGCCAGUUAUGAAGCGUGCCGCCGCCAUCAUCACCGACCAUGGCGGGCGCGCCUCGCAUGCCGCCAUCGUCAGCCGCGAACUGGGGAUCCCUGCCAUUGUCGGAACCGGCAAUGCUACAUACGUACUGCACAGCGGCCAGGAUAUCACCGCCUCGUGCGCCGAGGGCGAUACAGGCCUAGUGUACGAGGGCAUCUCGGAUGUUAUAGCCCACACGGUCGAUCUGGCGGGACUGCCGCAGGUUCGCACUAAAAUUAUGCUUAAUCUUGCGAAUCCUGCUGCCGCCUACCGCUGGUGGCGCCUCCCCGCUGAUGGUAUCGGCCUGGCACGCAUGGAGUUCAUCAUGAGCAAUGCAAUUCAGGUUCAUCCCCUGGCCCUGAUUUACUUCGAUCGGGUGAAGGACCUGGAUGUCAGGCGAGAAAUUACGCGACUGACGGCUGGCUACGACUAUAAGCCUGACUAUUUUGUUGACAAAUUGUCUCGCGGUCUUGCGGCCCUCUGUGCCACUGUCUACCCAAAGCCAACUAUCAUCCGCAUGAGCGACUUUAAGACCAACGAGUAUGCCGGGCUUAUCGGGGGGGCGCCGUUUGAGAUCAAAGAGGAAAACCCUAUAAUAGGCAUCCGCGGCGCCUCACGCUAUUACUCAGCGCUAUAUAAAGAAGGCUUCGCCCUCGAGUGCCGUGCUAUCAAGCGACUGCGGGAAGAGAUAGGCCUGCGCAAUGCCAUUGUCAUGGUUCCUUUCUGUCGGACCAUUAGUGAGGCCAAGAAGGUCCUGGAUAUAAUGGCUGAGAAUGGGCUCCGGCGUGGCGAAAACGGCCUACAGGUCUACAUCAUGUGCGAGAUACCGUCCAACGUGAUUCUCGCUGCCAGCUUCACCGACCAUUUUGAUGGCUUCUCUAUUGGGUCUAAUGAUCUUACCCAGUUGACGCUCGGCGUGGACCGCGACUCUGGCGAGCUGGCACCUUUGUUUGACGAGCAGGACGAGGCCGUUAAGUGGAUGAUUGCCCGCGUCAUUUCUGUCGCUCGCGAAAAGGGAUGUAAGAUUGGCCUCUGUGGUCAAGCGCCGAGCAACUAUCCCAAAUUUGCUAAGUUUCUGGUAGAAGUAGGUAUUCAUUCUAUAUCAGUUAGCCCGGAUAGCUUUGUUGCUGUAAAGAAGCACGUUCUGGCUGCUGAGCGACUCUGA